UAUGCGACAUGAAGUAGCGUUGUCUGUGAAUAAACGUGGGUUACAAAACUACAGUAGAUUUAUAAAGCAGUAAACUGAAUAAUGACAUCUGUGAUUGAUGUAAAGAAUGAAAAAAGAAAAGCCCAUUUCCAGAAAACCCAUCCAAUCAAAUCACAUGGGCAUUCCCCUGGUUUUAUCAAAAAACGAAAAUGGGUCGCAGACAAAUCAAAGGUUUUCGAAGGCAGUGUGAGAGAAGGACAAGGUUUUGCGUUCAGAAGAAAACAGAAAGUCCAAUAUGAAUAUAAAAAACUACUCCGUAAAGAAAGAAAACAUGAGUCGCAGCGCGAAGUGCAGUAUUCAGAAAGCUACCCGGACCACCUGAAACACUUGUACUUGGCGGAGGAAGAGGCUCUUCAAAAGGAAGCAAAGGAAAGGAAAAAGAAAUUAAUUCCCGAACAGAGGUUGCCGGAGGAUGAGGGGUCUGUAGUUGACCCAAGCACCGUUAAUAUUAGUGCUUCGGAUUCUUUUUCUGACCGAACUCCACCCGAAGAAUCAAAAAGAAAUAGUUUGAAUCCAAAGAAAUUAAAAAAGAAGACCUCCUAUCAAAAAACAAAAGAAGAGUAUGAAAUGAUCCAGGCUAAACGUGCUAAAAAGAGAGCGGAAGCAGAGAAGAACAAACAACAAAGAGAAGAAGCUCUAAGGAUUUACCGACAAAAGAAAAUUGAGACUUACCAGAUAUUAAGAAAGAAGACUAAAAAAGGCCAGCCAAACUUAAAUUUACAGAUGGAUUACUUGCUUCAGAAAAUUCAGGACAAUGUCAAGGACAGCAAAUAAUUUGGGAUUAAAAUUUGGACAAACUAAAUUGAUGCAGUGUGCUUUGUGAACUUUUAGGGAAAAUGGGAUAAAUAUGAGUCUGUCAUUUAACCUUUUCUUGGUUUUAAUUCCUUUUGCAAAAAUAUAACAUAACACUUGAAGGAAAUAUCAUUUGUACCAAAAUGUGAAAUUUGUACCAUAUUAUAUUCUUUUGUAUAUAAUAUCUUCAUAACUAAAAAUGCAGAAUUAAAAAGAAAACCAAUGUAUUGUACAAUG